CCGCCGCCAUGGCGCUCGUCACCCUCCAGCGCUCGCCCACCCCCAGCGCCGCCUCCUCCUCGGCCAGCACCAGCGAGUUGGAGGUUGGCAGUGAUGAAGAAAGGAAACUCAACUUGAGCUUGAGCGAAAGCUUUUUUAUGGUGAAAGGUGCUGCAUUAUUCCUCCAGCAAGGAAACAGCCCUCAAGGUCCACGGAGCCUUCCUCACCCUCACAAGCAUGCAGGUGAUUUGCCGCAGCACCUUCAGGUGAUGAUCAACCUCCUUCGCUGUGAGGACAGAAUCAAAUUGGCUGUGCGUUUGGAAAGUGCGUGGACAGACCGAGUGCGGUACAUGGUGGUUGUCUAUAGCAGCGGGCGCCAAGAUACAGAGGAGAACAUUCUUCUGGGAGUGGACUUCUCCAGCAAGGAGAGCAAAAGCUGCACCAUAGGGAUGGUUCUGCGUCUGUGGAGCGACACGAAGAUACAUCUAGAUGGCGACGGUGGAUUUAGUGUCAGCACAGCAGGAAAGAUGCAUAUCUUCAAGCCAGUUUCGGUGCAAGCAAUGUGGUCUGCCCUGCAGAUCCUCCACAAGGCUUGUGAGAUGGCUCGGAGGUACAACUACUUCCCCGGCGGGGUGGCGCUCGUCUGGGCCACGUACUACGAGAGCUGCAUCGCCUCUGACCAGAGCUGCGUCAACGAGUGGAACGCCAUGCAGGACCUGGAGUCCACGCGCCCCGACUCACCGGCUUUAUACGUGGACAAGCCAACCGAGCGGGAGCGGGCGGAACGGCUCAUCAAGGCCAAACUCCGGAGCAUUAUGAUGAGCAAAGACCUGGAGAACGUCACCUCUAAAGAAAUCCGGAAUGAGCUGGAGAAGCACAUGAGCUGCAACUUGAAAGAGUUCAAAGAAUUCAUCGACAACGAGAUGUUGCUGAUCCUGGGGCAGAUGGACAAACCUUCCCUCAUUUUUGAUCACCUGUACCUGGGUUCUGAGUGGAAUGCCUCCAACCUAGAGGAGCUCCGGGUCUCUGGCGUUGACUACAUCUUAAACGUCACCAGGGAGAUUGACAAUUUUUUCCCUGGCUUGUUUGCGUACCACAACAUCAGAGUGUAUGACGAAGAGACGACAGACCUUCUGGCCCACUGGAACGAGGCCUACCAUUUUAUAAACAAAGCCAAGAAAAACCGCUCCAAGUGUUUAGUCCACUGCAAAAUGGGCGUGAGCCGCUCCGCUUCCACAGUCAUCGCUUACGCCAUGAAGGAAUUCGGCUGGUCCUUGGAGAAAGCGUACAACUACGUGAAGCAGAAGCGCAGCAUCGCCAGGCCCAAUGCCGGGUUCAUGAGGCAGCUGUUGGAAUACCAGGGCAUUUUGGAUGCCAGCAAACAGCGUCAUAACAAGCUCUGGAAACGGCAGUCGGAAGACAGCACUCCCCAAAACUCCGAUGGCUCCGGUGGGCCAAGUGCUUACCUGCUUGACAGUCUGGAGGUUGACCUGGACCCUCCUUGCCCGCCCGUCUGUGCGGACCCCCUCGCAAACCAGGAGGCCGUGGGCUUCCACUACUGCUUCCGGCGCCUCUCCGACUCCUUGCCCGGGAACAGGGAGUCGUCCUUCCAGGUGGAGGACCUGGAGAGAGAUGUGCUUCUGGAAGAGGCCGCUGCCACGCUGGCAGCAGACCUGCCUUUCCUGGAGUUCUCCGACAAGUCGGAAGCGGAGAAGCCGAAAGGCGAGGAGAAGGUGGAGAAAAGCGCCCGGCGGAAGCCCGAGGCCGGCCUCCUGAAGGACGGCGCGGCGCCCGGGCUCGCCGUGCCAGAGGAAGGAGGAGCCCCCAGAGAAGAGAAGUCCUUGGAGAGGUGGAAGCGGCGCUCGUCGGUGCAGGAGGAGGAGGGGAGCACGCGGGAGUGUGAGAACCUGAACAACAACAACAGCAGCAAGAGGAGCUGCCCCGAGGACUUCGAGCAUGACGCCAUCUUUGGGAUCCUCAACAAAGUGAAGCCUUCCUACCAGUCUUGUGCCGACUGCAUGUAUUCCUCCGGAGGCGGCUCUGCGGAAGCCUUUGGGGAGCCGUGUGAGAACGUACACCGGGUCCCUCCGUGCCGCAGCUCUACGGUCUGCACGCAGCCCUCGUUCCUCUCGCAGGGGACGCCGAUGUGCCUGGAGCAGGCCUUCUGCGAGUCUCCUCCGAAGGAAACCCGUGGAGCGAGAAACAACAGCCUGCCUUCGGUGCUGGCGGGGAGUGAAGUCGACCCUCAUAAACCUGCCGCCGGUUGGCCCUGCGCGGCUUCUGAGAAGCCCAAAGACGGGCCAAAGACACCGGUGGGGGCCUUGCUGGGCCCACGAAAUCCUCUCUGUGAGAGGAGCCCCGUCUUGAGCGAGGGGCUGAAAGAGGACUCGUUGCCGAGGAGGGAUGCCCGGCAAACGAAGGACCUGAAGUACUUGCUGUUCAAUAAAGAUUUAGAAAAGCCGACCGCCAACAGCUACUUGAUGCAGCACCAGGAGUCCCUCCUGCAGCUCCAGAAAGCGGGUUUGGUUCGGAAGCAUACGAAGGAACUGGAGCGCCUCAAGAGCCUGCCGUCUGAGACGGCGCUGCAGGCCAAGGAGGGUCCCGGCGGCCCCACUGACAUGACCAUUCUGGAGGAGCCGCAAGAGCCGGUGGCCCCUCAGGCCCCGCUGCCUCUUCUUGGCCGCUCCUUUUUGGCCUCUGAAAAGGCGGGAAACGACACCAGGAAGCUCCAGAAAACCCCUCUUGCGGGCGGGACGCCUCAGAAAACCUCCACGCCCAUCCUGGGCAAGUUGGACCACAUGAGCAGUUUCACAAAAGACUUCCUCAAGACCAUCUGCUACACGCCGCCCUCUUCGAGGAGUUCCAACCUGACGCGGAGUUCCAGCAGCGACAGCAUCCACAGCGUACACGGCAGGCCCGGCCUGGUGAAGCAGCGGACCCAGGAAAUUGAAACCCGGUUGCGGCUCGCCGGCUUGACUGUCUCGUCGCCUUUGAAACGUUCCAAUUCUCUUGCCAAGCUGGCGAGCCUCAACCUGUCCUCGGAAGACCUCACAGGAGAUGCGGACCUGUCCGUGCUGGUGGACGUGAGGGACACCCGCAAAUCGAGCGAGUCUUCGGUGCGCUGCGACUUCCGCCCCUCUUUGAAGAACACGGAAGCGGGGCCCAAACCGUUGGCCAAAUCCACGCUGGGGAGGUUGAAGAGCCCGCCCUGGCUGGGGAAAAGCUGACAUAUUUGUAAUCUUUUUUUUUUUAAAAAAAACUAGUUAUUUUUUUAUUUGUGUCUGUACUCAAUGCAAUUUUAUCAUCUUAAAAAAGAAGAAUAGAAAGGUCACGCCGCCCCUUUCCAUGCGGUGCAGCAAGCAGAGAGGCGGAAAGGAGGCCGGGAGACUCUUGACAAGGGCGAACAGCCCACGAAAAAAGGCGCCUGUAGCCUUCCGGCUUGGAAGGCAAUUGCAUGUGUCAGGUGGCCUCCUGUUUCCUCUAGAGCGGGAUAGUGGCAGCCUCUCUCUUAUACCCUCCAUGCCGAAAAACCUCCUUGUUCAAAAGAAUCGCCGAGUUUUUCUUCACAGCUCAAGCCAAGCACAAUUCUUAAUUCAAACAGGCCCUUGUCAAAAGAGCCUAAGAGAGCAAUGUCAAAAUGCUACCUCCAUUCUUCAUGUAUUUAUAUCUGUAUCUAUCUAUGUGUAUAGUUGGGGUUUUUAAACAUCUUCCUCUGAAAUUGAUUUUUUUUAAAAAAACGAAAACAAAACCGUCCUGCUUGGCAAUACUGUGCAUAAAGAUCCCCGUGACCCACGUCCCGUUUCAGCGCUCCAAGCAAUGGGCUUUUCUGUGUUGGCUUUUCUCGUAUAGUUGAACGAGAGCUGAGUUGCUCUCGCAAGUGUGGGUCGACCAUCCAAAGCUCCACGUCUCCUUGCCUGGGGUUGUAACUGGGAGCUGUCUUUUUGGUCAGGCGGUUUUGCUGAUGGGGUUUGUAGUGAUACUGGUGGGAUGGCGACCAGGAGCCCUUGUUUCAAAUACGUGGAACUGGAUUCAGUCAUGUUCGUCCUUCUGAGUUCGAAGCUUAUCAUAACUCCGGUGGUGGCACGAGUUGCUGAUCUCCCAUUGAAUCCUAAAUAGGGGUGUUGGUGAAGAGCUGGCUCACACACCCCUUUCUGUUCUUUGUUGUUGACCUACAGUUGAAAUUAGGGGAGCUGGCGCGGAUUUGCUCAUUUCCCUUCGGUUUGAAGUUUUGAAAUAAAUAAAUUGGGUGCUUUCUUCAACUUGCAGCAGAAAGGAGCAGGAUCUGGGUCACCUCAGGAAAAUAUUGUGGUCUAUGCCAACUUCCAAAACUGUUGUUCAUGAAUUGACGCUUUGUACAGCACCGUCCACUUGGGUUGGGUGCUUCUUUUUCCUCCCUCUUUGAUUGCCUAGGUGCCAUGGGAACGGGAUGGGAGGAGGGUUAGGGAGAAGGACUCCGUUUCCUGGGUGUGCAUCUUGCCUGCUGUAUCAUGGUUCAAAAGUUACUUGGAGUAGCUGCUUGUUCUUGUCAAAGUCUGCUGUCGCUGCAGGUCCUGCUGAUAGAAGCUUUGGGGCUGAAGAGCAAGGUCUGAGCUGGUUUCUAAACAUUCCUAAGGGUGUUUAGAAAUGCAGUUGUGUGGGGUUCCCUCACCAGUGUGAUCUGGAGGCCCAGGAAGGAUUUACGUUGGAUCAUGCCUGCUCCAUACUGUGGUCCCCUGGACUCCCUCAGACCCACCUAGAAUAGGGCACCAAUCUGAGAGAAGGUUCGCCUUUCCCACAGAGAUCUGGAGACCCUUUUCCUUGCGAGCAACACAUCAUGCCAAGUGUUCAAGACACAAGCCAGACGUGAGUGUUGAGGAGGGGUCAGAGAACUUGCAAUUCCAGUUCCAAAGCGUUGCCAAGAGGCACUUGAGCCAAAUGGAGCGGAGGCUACUUGCCCUCAAGCGUUGUCUUCUUAAUGAUAAGCCAAGAGCCUGGGUUGGCUAGCCCAGCCCAGCAGCCCACCCAAGGGGUGCUUGACUGGCAAGCCAAGGAGUGGUUGACCAUACAGAGCUUGCCACCAUAUUGACUUAGGGGAGCCUGUCCCAAACUUGGGUCCCCCUCUGUUGUUUGACUGCAGUCCCCAUCAUCCCUAGUCAGCCUGGCCUGUGGCCAGAAAUGAUGGGAGUUGUCACCCAAACAAUACAUGGGGACCCAAGAUUGGGAAAGGCCAGGAGGUCUGGUUGCAGGUUACAGGGCUGCGGCUUGGGAGGCCCUUGUAGCAAUUCCAAAGUCUUUGGCAAACCCGUUAUCCCUUUCUACCUUUUGAAAUCAAUGGCGAUGCUUCCGUUUGCGUCGGACAGGUUGUUGGAACACAAGGUCCCUGCUUCCUUCGCCUGUUAACAUGGUAGAGGUUUCUGUUGCUGGCUUAGAGGCACUUCAGAAAGAGAUUCUGGUCAGGGUUUAAAGACUGUCCCCUUGUCAAGAAAGCCCUCAAGCGUGAAACAUUGGGCACUGGUUUCUGGACCCCUUUUCUCUUCUGUGUGAGUGACAUAUUAAGAUAAAAAUUGAGAGGGCAAAAAUGGUGAAUCAGACGAAGAGAUGUUACAUGUACUCUGGUAGUAACUUACUGUUCACAAAUUGUUGAAUGUUUCUCUCUUCCUAUCCAAGUACAAAACAGACGUGGAUAGUGUACAUCUGUGGUUCUGUCGAAUGUCAGAUCUUAAAUGUGAACAUUCACUUCUACAGUGUAAUAUGUUCUGCUCUGGAUCCCUUUGGUCUAUGUAGGGGAGGCAGGAAUAGUACAUUUUCAAGAAAGACAUAAUACUUGAGGCCAAAUGUGAAUUGUCUGUACUGCACAAAUUUUGGUGUCAUGAUCGAAGUUUAAAUCAGUAUCAAGCUCUGAAGUGCUUCAAGUGUAGGCUGGGCUAGUCCUUGGAAAUUUCAUUGUGUACCUGGGAUGGCGUCCAAAAAGGUUUAUAUAUUGUGGGAAAAGGGCUACUUUGCUCUUGCGAAAGAUGCUUUUUUUUAAAGGGACAAAGAGCAAGUCUCUCUCUAGCACUAUGUAGGUGGAAAAUGUAAAACCCUUUUGCACUCUUUGUCAAGAAAUUCUGUAUCAGUGUCAGAAAUUUCCCUGAGCUGUGCUCAGCAUAUAUAAUCUGUAAUCCACAAUCCUCAAAAACAUGUGGGCCUGUCUCUUUAUAGUACAAGGACCCUUGUUUCUGACGGACGGUUAUCGCAAACUCUCCUCUGAUGUAUCUGCUGACCAGCAGGCUCCCUACAGAGUGAAUCCAUCAAUGGGUGCCCUACCAUCACCUCUGGCUUCCUCAAUUUGGGAAGCUGGAGGUUGAUUGCACAAUGCUACUUCAUGCCUACCACGUCCAUGUACUGUAGAUUCAAUGUUCCUAUUGCGUGUAGCAUUAAAUGCAACUAGUGCUACUUUUUUAUUUAUCCCCUGCUGAAAGUCAAUGUAGCUGCUUGUAUAUUUGAUUGCUGUAUUCAGUGUCUGCAGAAGCUGUCACCUGUGGGAUGAUCUAUUUUGACUUUUGGCCCUCCCAGCUGGUAUAAAAAGUGGCCUCCUCACCCUGCAAGGCAUCCUGCCACCCAGUAUCUGUAGCCACAGUUGGGCUGCCAAAUACACCUCUCAGCACCCUAUAUUCGCUCCUCAGCUGGUAAUUUAUUUAUUUCUAUGAAUUCCUUUUCUACCUUUGAGCUGUGUUCCCAGGGUGUUUUUUUACACAAUAAUCUAGCUACAGAGCAGGGCACUGCAACCAUUCUUGAACAAAAGUUGUUAGGCUUCAGCCAAAUUUGCCGGCCAUUGCUGGGGCAAAAUAUACUGCACUGGCCAGCUGCUGAUCAAAUGUUUGGGGGUUGUCUGUCUACCUUCUUUUGUGCGUGCUACAUUCUGGAGACAAUUAUCUGCCCCCCACCUCCCACCCCCACCCAAUGUGUCAGGAGCCAUAAUUUCAUUGUAAUAGAAUGGGACUGUACUAUGUUCUCUAGGGCAUUAAAAUCUAACAAGCACAUAUCCUGGAGAAUCUUGACAAACAGUGUGGUACUCAUACGCCUUUAAACCAAGUGUGUAGGAGCUUUACUCAAGAGGCAUGUUUUCUCCUACUUCUGCUGUUGUACCGCUGUUAAAAAGAAAACGUCCAGAAAUGCUUGUCCUUGAACAUCAGGCACAUAUAAUUUUAAUGACUUAGCAAGCAAUCUUGUUGUCCUUAAGUUCUGGCAGACUUGGUUGCUGUGAGGAUUUCUCACCGUGGUUCUCGUGACGGCGCUUCCCAGGGAGUUAACAUCUAAGGGUUGAUUGCAUGGGCCAAAUAUCCCAUUCCGUUUUUUGGCCUGUGGAAGACUGCUGUAUUUGAUCCUCCCUGAUCAACUCCCUGAUCCAGCCUGCUUAGUGUAUCUCAGGUCUACAUUGUCUUUUUUCAAAGAACACGCAAACAAAUGCUUUUUUUUAAGCCAACGGGAAGUACCUAGCCUUUCACAUGCCAUUUCAAAGACUGUGGGUUGUUAUUUUUUAAUCUCCAAAGUAGCAGAACUUGGCCAGUUUGUCUGGACCGAUGCAUGAAAUGGUAGCUGGUUUAUCUUCUUCCAUGUAUUGGUGUUAUUUUUUUUCCUUUUCCUUUUAAAAAAUAAUAAUUGAGUGCCUUGCAAAUAGUUUACAAAUACUGUGUAUUUAUGUGACGCUCUUACUCCCAUUCGUUUUAGUACCUUUGGUGUUUGUGAUGUCAGAACAACUCGGUAUAUAAUUUUUGUAAACAAUGUGCUUACCUGCUUGGUUUAUCCGAUGUCCCCUUUGCUAUCUGAGAAGCUGCCAUCAGCUUGGAGCUUUAAAAAGAAAAGAAAAAAGCUUUCAUGCAGACCCUGUUUCCACAUGUUACCCGAUUGUUGGAUUAAUCUAUGCAUCAAUAAAGGCAUCCAAGGACUCCAGAAGGCUUUCCGAAGACGGAAGGAAUUUGUCUUCCCCACCUGGUGGAUUUGGAGCCUCAGCUCCGUGCCAAGGUGUGUCCCAGCCUAAAAUCUGAAAUGCACAACUGGGCACCUUCAAUUCCAGCCUAUGCUCUUCCCUUAACCUUUUUUUAAAAAAAUAUUUUAAACGUCUCCCCAUUUUGUUCCUUAUUUUUGCUACCCAAGUAGCCUCAAGGUUUGUGUGGCCAAUGUAGGUUGGUGGCCACACCGAAGUGUAAAUUGGAGCGGUCGAUAGACCUGGUUCACACUCUCCACUUUGCGCAGUGUGGUGCAGGGCCUCAAGGUCGAUAAGCGCCCACCACUGUUGCGUAGGAAGCGAGAGCGCAAGGCCAUUCAAGGCAAGGAAUCUGUUUUCGGAAGGAGGCGACGGUAGGAUCAUCCAUGACUAAGAUGAAAGCAUAUACAGAUACAUCCCUACAUGUAUUUAGGGUUGGUUUCAUGUCGCUUCAUAAGGCUGGAGAGGGGAUGGGCAGGUGGGUUCCUUCCCAAGCGACAGUGCCACAGUCCAGUAAGUGGAAGGUAUUGACGGAAGCCACGGACACAAAAUGGUAGUGAUCCGUUGCAUCACUGACAACCAUGUUCCUGGUACGUGUUCGUUUUCUCAGUUCUGUUUUUUUUUAAAUAUUUAAAUACGCAGUAUAUAUUGUACUGUAAAUUCACAGUAGGGCAUGCAUAAUGCACUUUUUUUUUUACUUUCUGUUGGUUAAAGUGUACCGUAUUAUUAUGUGCUUGUGAGGAAACAAUUAAAAAAAACCUUUCUUUACAAA